AGUUAUAAAAUGCCAUGUUUUCUUUAUUUUAUUUUUGAGAAUAUAAAAAGUAGCUGUAUUUCAUAGUUAAUUUGGAAAUUUAGAAGUUAGCAAAUUCUAGAAGAAAAAUUGUCACGAACGGUUUACCUAUGUAAUAAAGGUUAUAUUUAUGCUUUGUAUUACAUAAAUAUAUAGUUCAUUUGAAAGAACGCGUAUUUUAAAUUCUCUGGAAAUUGUUUCUAUAAAAUGGAGCAGGAUUUGAAAACAAAAAUUGAUGAAGCUUGCCGUACAGCCGAGGAAUUUACAAAACUCUAUUAUGAAAGUUUAGAUAAACGAAGAUAUUUAAUAUCAAGAUUGUAUUUGGACACUGCAACUUUAAUAUGGAAUGGAAAUGGUAUUGAAGGCAAAGAUAAUAUACAGAAAUUUUGGACAGAUUUACCACCCUCUGAUCAUAAUGUUUUUGCCUUAGAUGCUCAACCAAUAACGGGUCCUGAGAUGGCAGAUCAACUGACAUUUUUAGUAAAAGUUGGAGGACAAGUAAAAUAUGAUGAUAGAACAUCAAAACCAUUUAAUCAAAGUUUUUUGAUUGCAGCAAUGGGAGAUAAAUGGAAGAUCGUAAGCGACUGUUUCCGAGUACAAGAAGUAUUAGAAAAUGCAAGUUAAAGGAAUAGAAUAAUAGAUUUGUUUUGUAAAAUAUUUACAAAUCUUUUUGAUUCAAUAUUCCUUUUUAUUUCUAUCGUCGGUCUUAUAUCAAUGUAUAAAGCGAUAUUAAAAUUUUCGUAUUAGUGAAUCAGUACGUUGGUCGAUCAUUUAGGAGUAACUUUACACGAGAAAAAACUAAAAAUAAAUAUAGAUAUAAAUACUUAGACAUAAACGUUACUAUGAUACAUAUCGUAUAAAACAUCGAUUUUAUAUCCUUUAACGGUUCAUCAACUUAAACAUUCACUGAUAAAUGAGAUUGAGAGAAGUUCUACAUAUACAAGUUUUUGAAUGAAACAUUUGUCAAUCUUUAGUUCAUAAUACAGCUUAAUAAAGUUUAAAAAAUAUUAUCUAUAAUUACCCAAAUUUUAAAGGAAUUGUAUAUAACAUUUCUCUAUAUACAUUAUCUGUAUUCUAUUUUAUACUAACUCUAAAAUAAAACAAAAUUUUAUAUUUAAACAUAACAUGCAAUAUAGAUUAUUAGAAUUGUCUACUUAUAGUAGAUAAAACACAGUCUUUAUAAUGUAUGAGCUUGUUAUAAUAAGAAUCUGAAAUAGUUAAAACGAAUUAUAUAUAAUUAGGCUAAAAAAUCCCUUAAAACAUUAUAUGUAAAUGAAAUUGAAACCAGAAUGUUAUAUAUAAUUCCUUGAAAAUGAUUACGUAUUUACAGACAAUGUUUUAUCGUUGAAUACUUGACUUAACAAAGUAGGAAUUCAUAAAAAAUUCCAGUCAAAAAUCUGUACAUCUAGGGCUUCUCGCAAAAAUCCGUUCGUACGAUCGCUCGUGUCGUUCUUCUCCCAUCCGCUCCCUCUUUUUCUCUCUUUUUUCUUUGAAGAUAAAAGAUAAGUCGAUCGGUGUAUCACAGGUACAAACGAUGUAAAAUGAAAUUAGGUGAUCGGACCGAAAAGAGAGAAAUUCCGGUUCGCGUAACUAGUGUGUCCUCAAUCGAUGUUCUCUAGUAGCCAUAACAUAGGCAGUGUUACAAGGAAAGAUUGCUUGACGUGAUUCUCGAGUGACAUUUUCAUUCUCGUUGCAUAUUUGAUGGUUUUAAGUCAUUGAAUAAGAGAAAAAAAAAA